AUGGUGAAGCUUUUCUCUUUGGUUCUUCUCCUCUUCGUCAUAAUUAUAACUACAGAAGGGACUAAGUCAUCAUACGGGGUAUAUGAAGAGAGCGGCUCCGUAAAACUAUUUGUAUUUGGAGACUCCUAUGCUGAUACAGGAAAUUUCUUAAACGCACCAUCAUAUACGGCACCUUAUGGAAUGACUUUUCCCGGUAAACCUUCGGGAAGAUUCUCCGAUGGCCGCAUCCUCACUGAUUACAUUGCUUCCUUUAUGAAAAUUGAAUCCCCUGCACCAUUUUCAUUGAGAGGUUCCUCAGAAUUAAAAUAUGGUAUGAACUUUGCCUAUGGAGGAACAGGUGUUUUCAAUACUUUGGUUCAUGGACCAAACAUGACCACCCAAAUUGAUAAAUUUGAGGAAUUAAUUCAACAAAACGUCUACACAAAAAUCGAUCUUGAAUCCUCGAUUGCCCUUGUCAGCGUCGCUGGUAACGACUAUUAUAAUUUUUUGCGUGUAAUCGGGAAUAACACUAAGGAUUUAGGGGAGUUAAGUGCAUCACUAAUAAAUCGAUUGUCAUUAAAUCUUAGACGCAUUCAAAGUUUGGGAAUAAAUAAAAUUGCAAUUGAUUUAUUAGAACCUAUAGGGUGUUUGCCUAUAGUAACCCAGUUAUCUUCGUAUGAGAAGUGCAAUGACACUUUGAACAUGGUUGCCAUGAAUCACAAUCAAUUGCUGCUCCAAGCUGUGGAAAAACUCAAGAUGGAAAUGGGAAAAUCGAUUUUCGUCACACUAGACCUCUACACAGCUUUUCUAUCCACAAUUGAAUCAAUGCAGAAAAACCAUGAUGUGAUGAAUCCUUUGCAACCUUGUUGUGUGGGAGGUUUAUUUUGCAGAAGUGUUGUAUGUGAUAAACCAGAGCUUACAUUCUUUUGGGACGGUCUUCAUCCUUCUCAAAAUGGUUGGCAUGCAGUUUACCAGAUGGUGCAGUCUUCUCUCCCCCAAAUAUUUGAAAGAAAAAAUUAA